CCCGGCUCAGUGGUCCCCCAGCAGUGUCCCGGCUGCUCCCGGAGCCCAUGCCGGGUCACCAGCCCCGCCGAGCCAGCCCCGGCCCUUCCCUGACCCCGCGAGGCACCAUGCCAGGGCAAAGUCCCCGAGGGUGUGAACCCCAGUGUCCCAACCCCUGGGCGGGGACGGGCGGCGGCAGUGCGGGGAGCUGUGGGCAGCACAAGCCGCGAAGCCCUGCCGCGAGCCGCCGGGUCCCUCCCGAGCCUCCGCAGCCACGCUAGGCCCGCAAACGCGGAGCCCCGGAGCUCAGGGCCCGCGCCCCGCACCGCCAGGCCCGCUCCCGCAGCCCGGGCCCCGCCACACCAGGCCCGCGCUCCUCCGCGCCCCGCACCGCCAAGCCCGCUCGGCACCGCGCUCCGCACCGCUAGGCCCAGACCCCUGCCGUCCCGCCGCUCCGCCGCCCCGCUCGCUCGCAGGCCCGUGCCGCAGCCACCGCCACCGCCACCGCCGCCGGCGCCACCGCCGCCAUGGCGGAAGUCCACAGACGUCAGCAUGCUCCGGUUAAAGGAGAAGCCCCCGCGAAAUCCUCCACACACAGAGAUGAGGAGGAGCUGGGGAUGGCGCCGGCCGAAACGCUAACGGUGUUCCUGAAGCUGCUGGCCGCCGGUUUCUACGGCGUGAGCUCCUUCCUCAUCGUGGUGGUCAACAAGAGCGUGCUCACCAACUACAGAUUUCCAUCCUCGCUAUGUGUUGGACUUGGCCAGAUGGUGGCCACGGUAGCGGUUCUCUGGGUGGGAAAGACACUCCGAGUAGUCAAGUUUCCUGACUUCGACAGAAAUGUACCUCGAAAGACGUUUCCACUACCUCUACUAUAUUUUGGGAACCAAAUCACGGGACUGUUCAGCACAAAGAAACUGAACCUGCCCAUGUUUACAGUUCUGAGAAGGUUCUCCAUUCUGUUUACAAUGUUUGCUGAAGGCGCUCUACUCAAGAAGACUUUCUCCUGGGGUAUUAAGAUGACUGUAUUUGCAAUGAUCAUUGGAGCCUUCGUAGCUGCCAGCUCUGACUUGGCCUUUGAUCUGGAAGGAUAUGUUUUUAUUUUGAUCAAUGAUGUCCUGACAGCAGCAAAUGGUGCAUACGUGAAACAGAAGUUAGACUCAAAAGAGCUGGGGAAGUAUGGUCUACUCUAUUACAAUGCACUGUUCAUGAUUCUGCCCACCCUGGCCAUUGCGUAUUUCACAGGAGAUGCACAAAAGGCAAUGGAGUUUGAGGGCUGGGCCGACACCCUAUUCCUGCUGCAGUUCACCCUCUCCUGUGUGAUGGGGUUCAUCUUGAUGUACGCUACAGUGCUCUGCACUCAGUAUAACUCUGCUCUUACCACAACCAUAGUCGGCUGCAUUAAGAAUAUAUUAAUAACUUAUAUUGGAAUGGUCUUUGGUGGAGAUUAUAUUUUCACAUGGACAAAUUUUAUCGGCCUAAAUAUCAGUAUUGCUGGAAGCCUGGUGUACUCUUACAUCACUUUCACGGAAGAGCAGCUGAGCAAGCAGUCGGAGGCCAGUAACAAGCUGGACACGAAGGGGAAAGGAGCAGUGUGACCUCCGCAGCCUGGAAGACACUGGAGCCUCCUGAUUGCGGGGAGUCAAUGUUCCUUUGCAAUUAUACAACCCUGGGAUUGACUGCUGCCUUUGAAAAUUUAUUGACUGUAUGUUAACUAUGUUUGAAUUAAUUUAUAUCAGACUGGAAAAUGUACUGGGUGGGUUUUAAUUUAUUUUUUUCCUCUGACAGUGAAGCAUCAGUAUUUUGAAAUCCUUUACUCUAUAGCUUGCUAUCCGGGUGGCCCUGGCAGUGUAUACAAUGUGUUCCAGCUAGAGCUGCCUUCCAGUGGGCUGUCUCUGGAAACUGGCUGGAAAUGCAGCUGAGGAUCUGAAACUUUCUUUCCUUCUCUUUCUUUCUUUCUUUCCUUCUUUCUUUCUUUCUUUCUUUCUUUCUUUCUUUCUUUCUUUCUUUCUUCCUUCCUUCCUUCCUUCCUUUCUUCCUUUCUUUCUUUCUUUUUUCUUCUUUCUUCUUCUUCUCCUUCUUCUUCUCCUCCUCCUCUUCCUCCUCCUUCUCCUUCUCUUCCUCCUUCUCCUUUUCUUCCUCCUCCUCCUCUUCCUUCUUCUUCCCUUUCUCCUUCUCUUCCUCCUCUUUCUCCUUCUUUCUCCUGCUUCUUUCUCUUCCUCUUCCUCCUCUUCUAUUUUGUUCUUCCUUCCAUUUCCUUCCCCCACCUUUAUUAUUGCACUGUCUUCAUAGUUUCACAUUUGCAAAAGGUGGCAGCUUUGGCACUGAAAGCCCUGAGAAGUGUUUUGAUUUCCUACACUGUGGGGUGAGCAGAGUGUGCCUUGGAAUGUCUGCUUCCUCUUUGUUCGGCUGGAGACAAGCAAGGGGUGGAAGAAGCCAGUCAUUCACUCACUCAUUCAGCUGUAGGGCAUUGAAAGUCCUCGCAGGCACUGUGCUGAGUGCUGGAAUACAGAGAUCCAUUGGUAAUGGUCCUGCUCUAGACUGAAUGUAAGAUGAAAAACGUGGUUCUCUGUCCAACUGGAAAAAUCUGGAACUGUGCACGGGUUACUUCAGUUCUUUGGAACUGCAGGUCUAUGAGAUUAGAAGCCCCUGCUCUGCCUACUCCACAGCCAUGAGUCCAGAGCUCACAAGAGACUGAACAGCUAUAUUUUGUACACCAGCAUAGCAGCAGCUCAGCCUAACCCUUCUCUUAAAGGGACAAUCAAGGCAGCUGCCACCCCAUCCCCAUGCCUUCAUCAUGUGGAUGUAGUUGCUACUCUUUGUAUCCCUGUUUGCAGGUCCUCAUUUCCACACAAGAGCCUACAUUUCUGAACUGAUUGGUGUGAGGGACGAGCUAGGUGGGUGUCUUUCCAUGAUUGGGACUUGGUCUUUUUUUGGAAGGAUCUAAGUCCCUCUCCCUGAAGUGAUGUGAGGUCAGCUCUCACCUACAGACACUUCUACCUGAUGAGCAUCUCGGAAUGGAUAUAUCUUCUUUCCUCAUUCUGAGAGAGCCUGUGUGAGUAGACAUUGACUGAACUGCCUUAGGGCGGAGUGAUUGCCAGAGCAUGGCUCUGAAGAAUCGCUGGCUUUGGAGGGGCUUGCUUGAGCCAGCAUGAUUGCUAGGGAAGGGGCUUGCUUCUGCUUCCUUGGUGCUUAGCUGACUGCAGGUCUGGAGCUUGUAUUUUUUGUGUCUCAGUGAGGAAUAGAAGAGUUUUGAUUUUCCCCCCUUUAUUUGAAAUUAUUCAUCUGUAGGCUCUAUCUUGCAUAUACAUUUUGUAAGAAAGACAUAUGUAAAUUUUCUGUGAUCUUGUAUCAGAAAUAUGUGGGAGGUUUUGGUCAGUAAUGCCAAGGCAGGCUUUCCAUGGAGUGUUAGUGGGUCACAGGGCCACUGAGGGCUUUAGGUCUGGCCUUUGCUUUCCAUACUGGGGGCUCUUAGUGAGUAAAGAUGUAUGACCAGCACAUUGUUAACCACAUGGACAGAUAGAGGGGGCAGAGCCUGGAACUCUCAAGUGUAGUCUUCAGCCAGAGUCGGACCUUAGUUGAAAGGACACAAAUGAAAGAAGAAGAAAAAAAAGAAAAGAAAGGAAAAGAAAAGAAAAAUUCAGCGAUUUGUAAGUAAGAUCUACCUGCACUGAUUUUAGGCCCACCCCAAAAGAACAAGGCUUCCAUUCAGAGGCCAUGGUCCUCAUAUUUUCUUCUAGCUCAGAUGAGCCACACAGCUCUUAGAACUGUCUUCUCCGAGUCCUUCUCUGGCAAUGAUGCUCUUUCUUCCCACGUCUGUGCCAUGCUGCUUUCUCCCACAGGCUAUAAUGGAAUUUUCCUUCCCUGGGGAAAAAAUACUGAGAAUGAGUGCAGUGCCCAGUGCACACAGUGCCCACUGAAUAAGGAACCCAGUGCAUACGGCGCUCAGCAGACACAGGUCUGUCAUCCUUCCUUCAGUGCCAGCAGCAUAGGGCACCAUGUUUUCCAAGACUCAUGAAACUGCUUCUUGCCUUCAGAUGCUUAGGCAACAGACUCUGUCCCUUAUCUUUUUGAAAAUACAAAACAAAAAUAGUCUCUGUAUAAUUAUAGCCACUGUUAUUCUGCUUUUUAAAAAGAGAAUUAUUUUCAUAUUAUGGUGGCAAAUAUGAAAAAGGGAAAUCUGUUUUCUGUCUCAGUGGGAGUCAGUUGCAUUUCAGUAUGGUAGCUCAGUGAAGACACUGCUGUCACCCUGAGGUAGCUCCCAGGCCUUCCUCUCUCAUCUCAGAGCGAAACACUGGAUUCAGCCUCUUUGUCACCAUCACUUUUCUAGGCCUGCCUUCUGCUCCUGCUGUUCACAGUUCACCUGUAGGAUGAGGAGACUCUCUAGUGUCUUGUUUUUUAACUUUUACGUUAGAUAUAUUUUUUAAAAAGAAAUCUACUGGUUAGAUUUUAUCUUCUCACAGAAUGUUUUUAGAGAUUAUUUUGUUCACAGAUGUUUCCUUUCUCAUCCUGACGAGCGACCUUUGCCUACAGGUGUUCGCCUCUCACACGUCUUUUCAAUAUAGACUCUAUUUACCAAUUUCCUUAGUGUUUUUAAGAGGUACUGAGCAUUGAGGUAUGUAAAUCAGGUGACAUAAACAUGGAAAAUGAUGUGCCUAACUAUUUUUUUAAUGAUGUCAAAUAAAUACUUUUUCUGGAAAA